GUGUUGGAGGUCAAGCCAGAAGCGGUACAGAUGUGUCCCCGUUACCCAGACCCUGUGCCUUUGGACCACCCAAUCCCAAUACUGAAGGAUGCCCUCGAAAAGGUAGAUAUGCUUCUCCGUCACAAAAUCCGGAGCCCUGGCCUGCCAGCUCUGUCAGCCAUCGUCAUCUACAACGACACAGUACUAUGGACAGGAAACUUUGGGAAACGCAAUGGCUCUGACCCUUUCUCUGGCAUCCCCAACGAAUACACCAUUUACAGGAUUGCCAGUGUCUCCAAGAUCUUCCCCACCAUCAUGUUGUACAAGCUGUGGGAGGAAGGGAAAGUGACAUCACUUGACGACCCUUUAGAACGCUAUGCCCAGAGCUUCACCAUUAAGAACCCCCUAGGGCGACUCAAAGAGUUGGAGCAGAGAUAUUCAGCAGAUGGACUGAUCUUCCUGGAGAAGGGAUCGCUGCCCCUCAAGCCGUCUCCAGUGACUUUGCGCAGAAUGGCCAGCCAGCUCUCAGGCUUGCCCCGACGGCUGCGCUCAACCACUUUGUUGUGGAAAGGGACAACCCAAGAAGCACUGGCACUCUUGAAAGAUGAUGUCCUGGUGGCUGACCCAGGAACCAGAUGUCAUUAUAGCAACUUGGCUUUCUCAUUAAUGGCCCACGUCCUAGCUGAACACGCUGCAGAAGGCGAGUACCAGCGUUGGGUUUCUGAGAACAUCCUUGACCGCUUGGGGAUGGAGGACACAGGCUUUGACAUCACGCCUCCCAUCCGCUCUCAGAUGGCCGUGGGUUUCUACAGCAGCGGGCAGGUGGCACCCCUCUAUGACCUGGGCUGGUACAGACCUUCUGGGCAGAUGUACUCCACAGCUGCUGACCUGGCCAAACUAGCCAUGGUCUUCCUGGGCACGUACCACCGCCGACUCCUGGAGCCUGACACCGUGAAGACCAUGCUGACGCCCCUGUUCAAGUGCUCCAGCGAAUAUUUUGCCAACAAGACUGGCACACCCUGGGAGAUCAACGAGCAACUGGGCUAUGACAUCAUCAGGAAGGACGGUGACCUGGACGGCUAUUCGGCCACCUUCUCCCUGGUCCCCAAGCUCCGCCUGAGUUUCAUUGUGUUGAUGGCUGGUCCCCGCCCUCGAGGAGACGUCGUAGCUCAGACCUACGAGUACCUCAUCCCUGCCAUGGAGUCUGCCUUCCGCGAGGCAGAGAAGAGCCUCAAUCCGCCCCCGAGCCCUACUCCUUACGUUGGCUACUACACCUAUUCCAACCUGACUUUCUACGAGAUCAAGGUUGGGGGAGGCGGAGUGCUGGUCAUGCAGCAGUUUGGGCCGCACAUCGAGGAGCUGAUCCCGGAGAAUUAUCGGACCAUCAAGCUGCAUCACCUUGAGGACCGCGUCUUCCAGGUGGUGUUUGAUAAGGAAUUCCCAUGCACCCUGCACUUAGGCUCCGCCUCCGUUUCCCUGGAGACCCAGGAUGGGCAGCUCUUCAAUUUCUACCCUUUUGAUCGCAAGGGCUUGUCUCCUGGCUUCGAUGCUCCGGGUCUGAACACAUACAAUGUUGUGCGCAUCCAGCGCAAACCAGUAUUCUACAGUUAACUGCUAGCAGAAGGGGCGGGGGAGAUAUUUUCUACUCUGAGCUCCCUGUAUCAACUUCCCCCAGGUCUGCUGUCCAACAGCCAGGUUGCAGAAAAGAAAGAGCAAGGUGGCAAGGAACCGA